AUGUUAAAUGUGAAUCAAGCGAUUGUCUUAGGUGCAAUAUCCACUGGUGGUGGUUUAGCACAAAUAGAGGAACAAUUGGGGUUUUGCGAUUUGCCUGUAAUGAGUUCACAUUUGUACCAAAAAAUACAAAAUGAAUUGGCCCACAGUAUCCACGAGUUAGCUUGGGAAAUAAUAGAACAAGCUGGCGUACAAGAACGCAGAAUUGCUAUCGAAAAGGGACACAUAGGUAAAGAUUCCAUUCCAUACAUCACCGUUAUAGCUGAUGGAGCCUGGAGCAAACACUCUUAUAAAGUAAACUAUGAUGCAGCAUCAGGAGUGGGAGUAAUCAUUGGUCAAGAAACCAAAAAGGUAUUAUUCCUAGGAAUACGCAACAAAUAUUGUUGCUUGUGUGCAAGAGCCGAAAACAAGGAAGAACAACCAAUUGCACACAUGUGUUUUAAAAACUGGUCUGGUCCAUCAACAGGCAUGGAAUCUAACAUCAUAUUUGAAGGUUUCAAACAGAGCAUCGAGAUGCAUGGUGUUAAAUAUUUAUGUCUUGUUGGUGAUGGUGAUAGUAGCGUGACAAAAAAACUGGCCGAUGCACGUCCCUAUGAUACACCAGUAUCAAAAAUCGAAUGCCGCAAUCACUUGUUGCGAAAUUAUUGUACACGGUUGCGCGCACUAACCCAGAAGAAAACAAGUUCCAAAAAUCUGCCUGUCAGUGUUAAACAAAGGAAUAUUUUGAUGAACAGUAUAAAACGUUUACGCAGUGGGAUUAUUGGAGCGAUCAAUUAUAUUACCACUGAAAAAAGCGAAGAGUGCCAUGCUGAGAAAUUCCGAUUAUUGAAAAAAGACAUUUACAACGGACCCUACCACGUUUUUGGAAACCACGAAAAAUGUGAAACAUAUUUCUGUUCUAAAAUGACAAACAUUGACCAAGAUGAACAGAAAAAAGGAUAUCAUUGGGUAGCUGAAAUGAAAGCUUCCGGACGGUUCCAAGAUAUUUUGUAUGUCGCAGAACGUGUUACGCGAAAUGCCGAAAGUUUGAUUUUAAAUAUGGAUAACAACGCUGCAGAAUGUUAUAAUUCUGUUGUAGCAAAGUUAGUUGGCGGGAAAAGAAUCAAUUAUACGGCGCGACGUUCCUAUGCAACAAGAUGUGAAGUUGCUGCCAUAUCCUACAACGUACCUGCUGGCGAAUUUCCGCGCUUAUCCAUAAAAAAGUGACCCAUGCGAGCCCUGGAAAGUAUACCAAAAAGAUCAUUGCAAGACGUGCACAAAACAUUGCAUGGAAAAAAAGUAGGCGAACAUUGUUUUCUGGCACAAUAAAACAAAAGAGAAAAGCAAUAACAGAGGCUGAUGAAGAUUAUGGAUUACCGUCAUAAGAUAUGCA